AUUUCCCCCGCCAUUGACAGACAAAAUAGUCGAUAGCAGAACUUUCCUGGUUCCGUUCGGGAAAAAAAGGGGGAGCGAUUUUAUAGCAAGGUCGUCUUCAUUCAAAUCUGAAAUGAUCCGACACGACUUCGUGAGAAGCAUCCAACGUGGCCACGUCCCCACUGGAUUGGUGGAAAAGCAAUGCCUUCGUUCUUGGGGCCGCCCAAACUUCCUUCCAUCCCGCCCAUCAGUUGGGCUGCCUCUCGUCUCUGCCAUUCAGACAAGACGCGCACCAGAGAAGGUUUCAGCUUGCGGGCCUUGACCGAGGCUCCCAGACCGGCCCUGUACCUGGGCUUCUCUGGCCUCGCCCCAUUUGUCGCGGCCCCUCUCUUCAUGGCGACCGCUCAGUCCUUCCACCCUCAAGUGGCCUGCGCUCAAAUGUUUUACGGCGCUUGCGUCGUCUCCUUCCUCGGCGGCGCCCGCUGGGGGUUCGCCAUUCCCGACGGUAGUCCCGCGCAACCGAACUGGAUGAACUUGGGCAACGGUGUGGUUCCGUCGCUUCUGGCCUGGCUGGCGUUGCUCUGCAGGGACAAUGUUGUCGAGGGGACCUCGGUGGUCUUAAUGGGCCUGGGACUGUCUUUGCACUACGACCUGACCCUGCUCCCGGGAUACCCCGCCUGGUUCAAAGCCAUGAGAACUGUCCUCACUCUGGUGGCGACCUUUUCACUGGUGGCGACGCUGAUCUUGAAGAAGGUCUACGAUGAGAAGAAGCUCAAAAAUGUCACCAAUUAAAGAGGAAAUGUUCCCAUUUCAUCCACAUAAACAAAAAAAAAAAAGAAAGCUAAACAACUGCUCUCUUCUUGUAUUAAAACAUCCACAGCAAUUUUGUUACACGGGAAAUACUAUAAACAGCGAUGGGCAUGUUUCCUGGAUUAUAAUAAAUCCUGAACACAGCUCCAUAAUUGUUUUAUAUGUAUUUUCUUGUUACUGAUAGAAUAUGUUUGUAAUCUCCUGCAAAACAAAGUUCAAUACAAACGUGUUGUUACAGCUUU